UACAAAAAGGUCAUCGAUAUGACAGCUACUUUGCAUAUACCCAAACCACACACACUGGCUUGUGUCUUGCACAUCCUCUCGUCGCAAUUGUUGUCAACAAUGUUGCUUGCGAGAAGUCGCAGCUAUGACACCAGAUUCCUGCCCUGUUCGGCCUGAACCAACACUAUCCUUCACGCAAGGUCUAAUUGUUGGACAGAUAUCAGUUGUCUUUUUGAUUGCAGCCUUCAUCAAGUUUUUUAUUUUCGGCGAUCCUCCCUCCGCAGAAGAGACGGCAAGCUUGCGCGCAAGCGAACGACGAUCCCGCACACUAGCCCAUAAAAAGUCACUGCUGAGCCUCAGAACAUCGAAUCAGCGGCCUGGCAGCCAGCAGCAGCAAUCGGUGCUCAAUAGGAAGAAAUCCAGCAUACUCCGAUCCGGUCCGCCGUCCCUGACCAUCGGCUCGAUCCUCAACAAGACAUACUACAGAGUUGAAAGCCACCAGCCCGAGAGCUUGGACUGGUUCAACGUGCUAGUGGCGCAGACAAUCGCUCAGUUCCGCAGCGAUGCCCAGCACGACGAUGCUAUCCUCACCUCCCUGACAAAGGCCCUCAAUGGCACCAGCCGCCCUAGCUUCUUGGACGAGAUCCGUGUCACCGAGCUCAGCCUGGGCGAGGACUUUCCCAUAUUCAGCAACUGCCGUAUCAUCCCAGUAGACGAGGAUGGCCUUGACUUUGGGCCUGGGAAGGCCUUUGAUGCAAACAUGGCGACCCGCGACGGUGGCACCCUGCAGGCUCGCAUGGAUGUGGACCUGAGCGACAUGAUAACGCUUGCUCUCGAGACCAAGUUGCUUCUUAACUACCCCAAGAAGCUCACCGCUGUGCUACCCGUUGCCCUCGCUGUUUCAGUGGUGCGCUUCAGCGGCACGCUUGCUAUAUCAUUCAUCCCAAGUAACCCGAGCCAGUCCACGCCAACCAAGAUGGUGUUCAACUUCCUCGACGAUUACCGCCUGGAUUUCUCCAUCCGCAGUCUCGUCGGCAGCCGGUCGCGCCUCCAGGAUGUGCCCAAGAUCGCGCAGCUGGUCGAGUCGCGGCUUCACCGCUGGUUCGACGAGCGCUGCGUGGAGCCCAGGUUCCAGGAGAUCCCGCUGCCUAGCAUGUGGCCGCGCAAGAAGAACGCUCGGGGUGGCGACGAUGCUAUUGCUGACGUCGAACGUUCCAUGAGCAAAGCCAAAGGCGCCGAUGUUGCGCGGGACCUGAGGAGGGAGGUUUUGGUGGAGGCUGAGGCUCGCCAGGCCGCGCAGAGGGAUUCCCUUAGAUACAGAAGACCGCGUGCCGACGAUGCUUUUCCUAUGCCGGGAUCACUGGCCGUGGAUGAUUGAUGCUGCGAGUGACAUGUCCACCUAGAUGAUCACCCCUAUACAUGAGAUAAAUGAUUCAAGGGCAAUAAUUUUUAUUUAACUGUAUAUUUGCGUUGUACUCCUGCAUUUAUAGAGCAUUGCACAAAGUGCAUGAGUGAAUUCUACACAGAAAUAUCGAAGUAAAGGAAAACGUAAUUUGAAAUUACACCGACGGAUGACCUUGUCUUGUUAUAGAAAUUUGUG